CGCAUGCGCAGUAGGCUGCAUAUUCACCACAUUGAAAAUGUUUGCCUCAAACUCUCGGAAGUUUAGCCAAGAACUUGCUGUGAUUUACCCCCCUGCAAUAAAAACGGUGCGACUAAGAUAAACUAGCUUAUUUUGGGGGGGAUAUAUAUAGAGAGAGACAUAAAGGAUUAUACAUGGAUUUAUAUCAAUUUUCAUUAUCUUGCGGUCGAAAACAUGAAUGGUAGCCACCUUUGGAAGAAGUUGUGAUUUUUUAUUAUUUUUUUGGCGCUCUACUAGCUAACAACGCAGAGGAAAGAUGGUGGAGUUGAGCUAGCUUCAUAUGAGAUAGCAGAACUAGCUAGCUAGGUUGCUAUCGUUUGUGUCUGAAAAGUUUGGAAGAACUGCCCCCUUCCGUUUGCCAUACUCGCCCACAUCUUAUGUUGGCAUAGCAAGAUAAAGAAAACAUGAGUGCUCGGAAGAUGGAACCAGGGAUACUGGUGGUUGCAUCUAGACAUCAGAUGGUGCUCUGAAGAAGCCAUGGGUAGCUGUUUAAGCUGUCCAGAGAAGGAGUCAAUCCCAGAUAAUCAUCAAACCAAAUUUAAGGUGAUAAACGUGGAUGACGAUGGGAACGAGCUGGGCUCGGGCAUGAUGGAGCUGACAGAGGUCGAGCUAGUCCUCCACACCUAUCGCCGUGACGACGUCAAGUGGCCCUACAUGUGCCUGCGUCGCUAUGGCUACGACUCCAACCUCUUUUCCUUCGAGAGUGGCCGCCGCUGCCAGACGGGACAAGGGAUCUUUGCCUUUAAGUGUGCUCGGGCGGAGGAGAUCUUCAACAUGCUGCAGGAGGUGAUGCACAACCACAGCAUCAGUGUGGUGGAGGAGGCCGUACUGGAGACCAACCAGCAGGCCACACAUACUCCUGCCGCUCUGGGCUACUCUGUUCCCACGGUGCACAAUGGUGUCACCCGGAUCCCUUCGGUGGGCGACGCCCCCUCGCACCCCUCCACACGCCACCCGUCUGUGGCCAGCACCCGACUGCCCUCGGUGGGAGAGGAGUCUACACACCCCCUCCUAGUGGCUGACGAGGCGGUGCACACUUAUGUGAACACCACAGGCCUGCUGGAUGACCAGCCCAGCCCUCUGACUGCUCCAGCCCCUCUGGACAGCCCUGGCUCAGCCCAGUCCCAGUGCCCCCCUACACCACCUCCUCCGCGGGUAGCCAGACCAGAGCCCCAGGCCCAGCUCCAGGAAGAACCCCAGGUACUGCUGGAGUCCCAGGGGGUACGCUUCGUGCUGGGGCCCACCCCUGUGCAGAAAAAGAUGGCCAAGGGGAAGCAUCAGACUGAGGAUGGAGAUGAAGAGGAGGCAGGGGAGGACUCGGAGUCCCCGGAGCCUGGAGAGGGAGAGGCCAACGGCCACACAGACACGGGGGCCCCAGCCCCACCAGAGGGCCAUCCUCAGCCGUCCUCUACACACUCCAAUGGCUCCUCUGCCUCUGUCGGGGCUCCAGCCACAGCCCCUCGCCGCCAUCUCUUACCCCCCGUCACCCCUGACACCCUGCAGAAUGUCAACAACUCAGCCCAGCGGCGCACGGCCCUCCUGGACUACGAGAACCUCCCGGCCCUGCCGCCCGUCUGGGAGACCCGCAAGCCCAGCAACGAGGAGGGGGAGAACAACGGUGGAACCCGUGGAGGAGGCCAAGGGGGGCUAAAGAUGUCCUCCCUCAACGGCUACAACCAACACAGCCUCCUCCACCACUCCUACUCCCACCCCCUGUCGGCCCACCUCCCUCUGUCAGCCAUGGAGUCCUCCCACAACUACGUGAACACAGAGAAUGUGACUGCCCCCCUCAGCGCCCGCUGUGCCCCCGACACGGCACGCCGCCGCAGCGACGGGCCCAUCGUGUUCAACUUCGACUUCCGCCGGCCGUUGGGUCAGGAGCAUCCCAAGACGCUCAACUACAUCGAGGUGGAGAUGGAAACUACCGCCUCUUCCUCCGCAGCCUCCAAGGGUGCGUCCUCGGACACAAGCAACCCCCACACGCCCCGCACCCCAACCUCACCGCCUCUGCCCACCACCCCCACGCGCCGCACCGAGCUCUACGCCUUCAUCGACAUAGAGCGCACCGCCGCCAUGUCCAACCUGCAGAAGGCCCGGCCGCACGACGACGGGUCGUUGAGGAAAACGCGGCACAACAGCACAGAGCUUCCCACCAAAAGCACUGUCUGACUAUUACCUGAUCCGCCUGGCACCUUUUUCUACUAUUGGCACCUUUUU